UUCACUACUGCAGGAGGAAAAGUUGCAACGUGAAGCGAGGAAGCUUGGAUUUACAUUGAACGUUUAGAAAAUGUGGAGGAAAAAACGCCGGAAUGUACUUGAGGAGAGAGGACGCUGGAGCAGCAAGGUGGAAUUUCUUCUGGCUGUUGCCGGGAACAUUGUGGGCCUGGGCAAUGUGUGGAGAUUUCCGUACUUGUGCUACAAAAACGGCGGCGGCGCCUUCCUGGUGCCAUAUCUGGUAUUUGCGGUGUUGUGUGGCGUCCCGCUCUUCCUUUUGGAGACCACCAUGCCAGGCCAGCAUACCCAAGAGGGCGGCAUCACUUGCUGGAGGAAGUUGUGCCCCCUGGCUGAAGGUAUCGGCUGUGGAGGUGAGCUGAUUCUGCUGUACGCCCUCAUGACCUACAUGGUUGUUCUGGCCUGGACUCUGUUCUACCUCUUUUCUUCCUUCAAAUCCCCCCUGCCCUGGAGUACCUGCGACAACUACUGGAACACAGGUGAGGUCCACAGUCUCUCUCUCUCUCUCUCUGUAGUGUACUUCACUGCCACAUUCCCUUAUGUGAUGCUCUUCAUCCUUUUGAUCCGUGGACUCACUCUUCCGGGAGCCAGACAAGGAGUGGAGUUCUACCUCCUGCCAGAUCCGUCGCGACUCACAGACCCUCAAGUGUGGCUGGAUGCCGUCUCGCAGAUAUUCUUCUCGUACAGCGUCGGUGUGGGAACCCUGACGGUACUAGGCAGCUACAACGCCCCCAACAACAAUUGCUACAAGGACUGCUUUUGGCUGUGUUUGCUGAACAGUUGUACCAGUGUGGUGGCUGGCUUUGCCGUCUUCUCUGUGCUGGGAUUUAUGGCUCACGAGCAAGGUGUUCCUAUUGCAGAGGUGGCCGAGUCAGGUCCAGGCUUGGCAUUUAUCGCAUACCCUCAGGCGGUGGCCAUGAUGCCGCUGCCUCGAGUGUGGUCCAUCAGUUUCUUCAUCAUGCUCUUCCUCCUUGGCCUGGAUACGCAGUUUGUCGCCAUGGAGGCGGUGAUGACAUCAAUUGUAGACAUGUUUCCUGCAGCGAUGCGUCGGAGAGGCAGGCGGGAAGGUUUCCUUCUGCUCUUCAGCCUCACGUGUUUCUUAUUACAGCUCGUCAUGAUCACUGAGGGAGGGAUGUACGUCUUCCAGAUUUUCGAUUACUACGCUUGCAAUGGAGCCUGCGUCCUCUUUCUCUGUGUGUUUGAAAGCUUGGCAGUUGGUUGGAUUUUUGGAGCAGAGCGGUUGUGUGGUAUCAUAGCAGACAUGACAGGCCAGCGUGCCAACCCUUUCUUCAAAAUCUGCUGGCGCUACUUGACCCCAUUGCUUUCACUGGGCUCUUUCAUAUAUUCCCUAGUUGAGUAUCAGCCACUGACAUUCAACCGUUGGUACGUGUACCCGAAUUGGGCCUACGCGUUGGGCUGGAUAACUGCCUUCUCCUCCAUCCUCUUCGUGCCAGCCUGGGCACUGUACAAGUUGAGCACUACAAAAGGAACCCUCAGUCAGCGUCUGCAUCACCUGUGCUGGCCCGAGCCGCCUGACUGCUCGCUGACCCUAAACAAAGGCACGGCACAGCAACGCAUCCGUGAGGAGGAUCUAGAAUGAUUCUGACACAGACAAAAAAAAAAAAAUGAACUGACCCUGAAGUCCUCA